AUGAUUAAUGAAUAAACUAUUUAAGAUAUGGUACCAUAUAUAUGGCCAGAGGACUAUGAUGAACGUCUUCAAUUUAGUCUGGAUCUGAAAUUGGAAUUUUAAAAUUUCAUUGUUUCAUAUCCUUAACUCAGGGAUUACGUAUUAUAGACAAUGUAGAAAAUUUCCGAAGAGGCUCCGUAUUUGGAUUUAUAAGAGAUUUUCCAAAUAGACCAAGAGAAAACUCAUAAAUUAUACAAAGUUCUAUACCCUCUUCACUCCAAUAACACAUUAAUUGAUUUCAAAUAGCCGGUUUCAAACAAAGCCCUAUAAAAACUCAUAUCUGACUCGUAUAGGUUGUUUAAUCGAAGCAUCCUAGACUACUAAUGCAAACUAGUUACUUAUGCAAAGUAUUAUAAAGCAUCUGUCUCCAUAUUCAAGAAAUCCAUCAAUCAAAUGUAUAUAGAUUACAAUACUUUAAAUUUUGUUUGUUCUUGUGCUACCAAGUAGUGCACUACUUUGAAUAGAUUAUGGAAAGAUUAUGAUGACAACUCCGAGAAAUACAAGAAAUUGCAGCUAUCUCUUUAAAAAUUGGAACAAAUGUAAAAACCAGAUGAUCUUACUCAUUAUUUCAAUAGAUAAUAACUCAUUCUUAUCUAUACACUCUUUAGUCUAAUGCAAUGCGAGCAAACAAUUGCCAUCCAAUUAGGGGAAGAGUAUUUACCCUUGCAACUAUCCCCUCUUGAACCCCACUUUGAAGAAUAGACGGAGGAUUUCUCUUGGAAUAUUAAUGGAUUUUCUUAAAUUAGGGAUUAUUUCCCUAAAUUGGCACAUAAACUCAAUAAAAGAAUCAAAAUCCUUAAGGACCUUCCUCUAUUCACGAUUCAAGAACGUAUUAAAAUCUAUCAAUAUACCUAACAUUAAUUGGGAUAUAAAAAAAUUGAUGAUAUUCAAGUAAUCUAACAAUAGAACAUAAGUGACAUCCUCAACUAUAGAUAAGCAAACUGUGAUCUAGAAUUAAUCCUUUUAGUUGCAAAUGCUAGAUGCUAUACACAAAUACUCUAUUCAUUGAUUUGA